AUGAAGAUUGUUGAAGAAGUUUUGCCGUGUUCCCUUCCUGUGGACUAUUUUGCAAGCGCCGCCUUCCAGACGGGAAUGUAUUUUAUUUCGUACACGCACAUCUACAAAUAUACAUUAGCAGGCACGCUGGAAAAAUAUGCGUUUCCGUCGAUCUCGCCUUCUUUUAGCAAGAUUUCAGCAACUGUGCACGGCGAGUAUAUAAUAUUCACGCACGGAAACACGCAAACAGUGUACAACCCGGCGAUCGGGCACACUGCGACAGUUACUCUCCCAAAAACACCUACCCGCGUGCUUGUUGAUGGGUAUACGGUUGUCAGCAUGUUUUUGAACGAAGUGUACAUAUACAGCAUAAACGACACAAAAGUCCGGAGGUACAAAAUGGCGCAGAAUCGGCUCAUAUGCAGGUACCGGAUAAAAAAGCUGGCCCGGCAGGGGGAAAGGGUGCUGCUGCUGGAGGAGAAGGUGCUGGAGGUGGGGCUGGAUCUGAAGGAGAAGAAAAGCGCAAGGCUGGUGGCGGAGGGCGAGGAUGCGCGCGCGCCUGUCUUUGUGAAGAGGCCUGUGCUUAUCGAGCCAGAGCCUGUUACAUUUUGCAGCGAGCGGCUGGACGACAUCAUAUGCACAUCGUGGGGCGCAAUUAUGAAGUACGCAAGCGGGGUGGAGGUGUAUGGCGAAAAGGGAGAAGACUACAAGCUUCUGUACAUAUACAAGACCACGGGAAAGGUCAUCAACUCCGAAGACCGGCUAGAGGCAGAGGGCCGGGUCUUCUUGCGGGAAAAGCGCAUGGAGGGCGGAGUGCCUGUGGAGUGCAUAGUCGAGCUGGGUCGCGCGUGCCCAGCCGUGGUGCUCCAGGUCAAGGAGACAGAGAAGGUGCACGUUCUCAACAAAGGGGUUAUGCUGGUUGAGGGCUUGCCUUCCAGGCUUGUAAAGUACCAGGCAGAGCAAAGCGAGUACAAGCUAAGCUCAAUCGAAAUGAACAGGGAAAAGGCUCUGCAGAGAAGCGAGGAGCUUGUCCUUGACGAAAGCAUGCGGUACUUGGAGAAGUACAAGGAAAUUGAGUUUUUUGUGCGCGAUGCCACAGAGGAGGAAAACGCGCUGUAUUUGGAGAAAAUACUGAAUUCUUUUAAGCAAGACGUGGUGCUUCGGGUGGUUUCGCUUGGAAUCAUGCUGGAGAAGAAAAUCGAAUACAUAAAGGAGACCAGCGAGGAGAUCAAGCGGAUCGAGAAGAGCACGAAGGAAAAAAUAGAGAACAUUGCCGAGAACAACGACCGAAUAAUAUCCCGUGUGGGGGAAAUAAUAUCCAAAAUCAAGGACAUCUACAUGAGCAUUCAGGAAAACCAGGAGGCUCCGUCAAAGAGCAUGCAGGCCAUGCUGGAAAGAAUUCGGAGUCUGAAGGAGAAGGCAAAGGAGAAGGGCACAGUCCAGAACAUUGUAAAGCUAAAGGGAGAGUACUAUUUGCUGAAGGAGCAGAAUAGGUAUUUAUUGAAAAAACUGGAGCUGCUGGGAUAG